UUGAAGGCUGCGUUGAGGUACGCUAGACAAUACGUGUAGGUUUAUAUAACGUAGCUUGCGUGAGUUAAGUAGACGAAAAUACCCGCUGCUUAGCAUAAUUUAUGCGUCUGGAACGGCACUUGCUCGUUAUUCAGGAACGGUCUGUUGAUGUUUCAUGGUGUGUCUCGUGAUCUCGAAAGUUAAAAAGAGCCAUCACCACCAGCGUAUCAUAUGUCUUUACACGCUGACUAUUCACCGAUGAUGGAGACGGACUCAAAGCCGCAAGUGUUUGUAACUUCGGAAUCAAAGCGUUUUUCCCGUGGUAGCGUUCGUUGUCGGUUCCUUGUUAUAUCUGUUGCAGCUCUCGGAAUCAUCGCAUUAACUUUGAUCAUCUUGCAGUUCGUCGUUCCCAAAAACACCAACACAAAGACGACCAAACUUCCAGAUGUUGCUUGCACUGGCGAUUGCACAAUUACCCUUGUUGAAAGCAUUCCCGAAAACGUGGCUUUUCCUAAAGGUUCAAUUCAUAACCCGUCCAUUUACAGCGGGUGGAAGAACCUGCUGAAGAUGGCAACCAAAGAGAUCGACAUAGCGUCGUUUUACUGGACGCUGCGAGGAGAUGAUACCAGCACUUCUGACCCGAGCACUAAGCAGGGGGAGGAUGUGUUUCAGAGCUUGGAGGCUGCUGGUGAACGAGGUGGGCCAUAAAAAAUCGCGUGAAACUUACAUGUUUGUUUCACGUGGUCAGCCACUAUGCAAACUUCUUGGAAAAAGAAAGUUUUUGUGGUUAUUGCUUUUAUGUAAAUCAAUCCAGGCGUAGUUAAUUGAUAAACCUAUAAUCGAUAACCAUCGUUAAUAAUCGAUAUCAAUCAUUAGUGAAAUAUCGAUUUCUAAUAUCUGCAAUAAUUGCAGAUAUCAGAAAUCGAUAUUUCUAUCAAUUAUUGAUAGAAAUCGAUAAUGAUUGAUUUCUAGAUUGUUAUCAAUCAGGGUUCAUACAGGUCAUGGGAAACCUGGAAAGUGAUGAAAUUUAAGAAUUUCAUUGUCCAGGCCUGGAGAGUCAUGGAAUUUAAAUUGUCGGUCCUGGAAAGUAAUGGGAAAUUAAAGUUUUGGUUGAUAAAUUAGUUAACUGCAGAUGACAAGGCAAGGACAAAUAAGAUAGAGAGAAGUAACUGAACAGUGCAAAUGGUACACAUUUUAUUGGACACCGCAGUUUGUCCAUUGUACUGAGUUAGGUCAAAAAAUACCCUAAAACAAGGACAAUUUUUAGAAAUUUCUAAUGUGGCAGCUACAUGUAAACUUAUGGUCAAAGAAAACUUGGAAAGGUCAUGGAAAAAGUCAUGGAAAGUCAUGGAAUUUGGAGAGCUCAAAAGAAUACAAACCCUGUCAAUUACAUGUGUAGUGUAGUAUUGAUUAUAACUGGAAAAGACUUACCGGUACCUAUCUCAAGCAGGGCGGAUAAAGGUUGGGCGGUGAAACGAGCGCGUCCGAGCAAAAAGGUGUGAUGCAGUGGACUGGGACUCUGCUUAGAAAUGUCGCUUUGCUUGAUUUCGACUUCGGUCAGGGCUCGUGAUGUGGUUUGUACAUUAGAUACUGCCGCUGUCACUGAAUUAUGGCAGCUUGAUUUAUUUUCUUGCACUUCUUCCUCGUUCCUUUGUGCUGGUACGCUGUCUCCGAGAGGCAAAUGUUGCUAUUUUUUGCGGGAGGUUUAGUUGGAGUAGACAAACAUCUCUUUCAAAGGGUUUCUUUUAUUACUUCCAUGACUCUACCACUGAAUUAUAUUUUCGUUCUGCUACUCGCCAAUGUCGAUGUUAUUUCAAAACAAAAACGACUAAGUACUGUCUAAAACACGAAGGAAAAUCUCAUCCAUGUCAUCCAAGGCAAAACUAAAUGACAGCAGAUCUUGUUUCAUAACUAGAUGACGUGUAUUUUUUAAAUGCGUGCAGCUCGUGCAAGGUGAAAUUAUGCUAAUUUCAAUCACCAUCAUCCCUCUUUUUAAUUUUGAAAAAAACAUCUCAUACGUCUUUCUGUUUGUUCGAAACUUCAAAAUUAGUUUCCCCUCAGUUUUUACUGUUUACCUUGUUUAGUUUUAGAGAGAAAAACUGAGAAAAAACCUUACAACAAACCUCAAUAAAUUUUGUUUACAUGCGGUUGCCGGAUUUGCAACGCAUUGCGCGAAUCGCCAUGGCGCGUUGCACCCGAGAAGCAAAGUUUGAAGAAGUACAACGCCACUAUAUCAAUAUAUAUCAAUCUAAUUUUCUGUUAUGUUAUAUAAAAUUUAUCCCCCUUUAACAUAUGUAAAAAUUGAGGUUAAGAAGUGUUAAGCUUUUGCAAACGAAACGGCGAAAGACGAUUAGGUGAUAUUAAGUGGAAGGAGGAGGUAUUCAACACUUUCAAAUUAAACUCAAAUUUUGGCAUUAUACGACCAACAAGUUUGACUUAUAGACGUACAGACACAAACAUAUGAAACUGUUUAUUGAUAUUGUUAUGAAACGAAUUUAUCUAUUUAACAUUGUAGCCUGAAAUUACAGAAAGAAAAUAGGAUUUCCGGUUUGCAAAAAGGAAAAUUUCGCCGGCCUUCAAGCGCACCGGAAGCGCGGAAAGAGCGCUCGUGCCAGUCCUACUCCGCAUCACACAUUAAAUGAAGAGCGGAGCGCUCGUUUCACCGCCCAACCUUUAUCCGCCCUGAUCUCAAGAGUACAGAAUGUAAGCUGUUGGAAUGGUAACUCUGAGGAGCCCGGGGCCCCCUUCCCACCCCCUUAUCUCAGGGUCUGGAUGACCGGGACCCCUUCUUCUCUGAGGGUCUGGAUCAGCCACUGCAAUACCCAAAAUAAUUCCCGCUGGAUGUCUUUCAACAAGGAAAUUGGGGACAAUAUCUCACUACUUUUUACACAUUUCUCACUACCUUUCCCAGCUGUAGGUUCAGAAUGUCACCUUUUUUUACCUUUUCGGGGUUGGCAAGUCUGUGAUUGAAUGUAUACAUAUACUGUAUUUUAACAUCAGCCAAAUUUCAAAAGAGGAAUUGGGGAUGCUCUCUUUGUUUAUGUAGAGAGUACAAUAUACAUGUGUAUAAAGCUAUUUCCAGAAAGGUUGCCGCAAAAAGUGCGGGUGACAAUCCUGAAAGAUAUUGUAGGCAGUUUUGAGUUCACUGCUCUUCAAGGAAAUUUGAAAGAAUGGCAUGAGAGGCCAUGGACGUAUGUUUGCGAGUGCUAAAGGAAAGCAACAAAGGCAGGUUUGACAGUUACAGUGUCAGGAAUAGUGUAUUGAUCAUAUCCCAUAUUACCUUUUGAGAUUGUAGCGUGCACAUUUUUUCGGACAACCUUUCUCAAAAUAGCUGUAUGUCUUGUAGCCUGUCUAAUGCAAUAUUAUAUUAAUGUUUUAGAAACUCUAACCCUAUUUUAUAGACUGGAGAAAACUACAUGUAAUUAAAUUGUUAUUGAUUCAUUGUUGUAUUGAAGGUGUGAAGAUCCGCAUUGUUCAGUCACCUCCAAGUAAGGAAUUUCCAAGCCUGGAUACAAUUGAACUUCAAAAGAAGAAAUUAGCAGAAGUGCGCCUUUUGGACAUGACGCGUCUAGUAGGUAGCGGAAUCAUCCACACAAAGAUGUGGCUGGUUGAUGGUCAGCACUUUUAUGUUGGCAGUGCAAACCAGGACUGGAGGGCACUUACACAAGUACGCAUGGCUACUCAUAAUAUUAGACUAAUCUGACAGUUGAGCUUUUAGGCAAAAUAAACCAAAGAGAUAAGAAAAUAUUGACAAUAAUAAUAACUAAUGAUAUCCAUCACAUCAUGCAGGGCUUGAAAAAAAUCCUGUCUUUUUAAAGCUGUCUUGUCUAAUGGGCAAUGGUCAAAGCAAGUCAUGUUCUAAUAGAAUUAUUAACUAAGACAAACAAUAAGUGGCAUCAAGUAAGCAAAAUGUGAACUGUGCAUGCCCAAAGGACAAGAUUGAAUUCAUGGUUUUUUUUAUAGCCCUGAUUAUUUUUUUCCCUCAAGAGCCACUUUCUCCUAAAUAAUUAUGUCUUGACUAAUACUGUAAUGUCAAAGUAAUAAAUAUAUAAGCAACUAAUAAUAAAACAGGUAGCGCAUCCACAAAGUGGUUCUUCAUCUACCUGAUUCCUGGUCGAAUUGGAAUUUGUAAAUUGUUGAAGAUUUGGGGAAAACCAGAGUACCCAGAGAAAAACCUCUCUCAGCAAGGGAGAGAACCAACAACAAAGUCAACCCACAUAAUGGCGUCGAUGCCUGGAUUUGAACCGGGCCACAUUGGUGGGAGGCCAGUGCUAUCACCACUGCAUCACCUUUGCUCCCUGUUGAGUAAGUCGAGAGUGGUGAGUCGACCAAUUCCAAAAAAUUAGCUUCCAGGUCUUUUGAAAACAAAUACCAAGGGUCACGCCCACCAGGAGUGCAGGCUUUUAUCCUAAAAAUUGCUUGCACACAAGUAUAGUGGGCAUUUAUGACCAUUCUGUCUAAAGUAAACUAAGAGCCAGGAUACAUGUACACGACCAGUCAGUCCGAAGUAAACUAACUCUAAGAGCCAGGAUACAAAUAGACUAUAAUUUAAUAAUACAUGUGUAUGGAUUGACAAAAGAAAAUACCAAAGGAAAUCAAAUUUAUGCUCAAUUUGAUGCAGAUUCAAGAGCUCGGACUUAUGACAUACAACUGUAGUUGCUUAGCUGAGGAUAUGAGCAAGAUAUUUGAAGUAUACUGGGACCUGGCAUUACCAAAGUCUAAAAUUCCAGAUCCGUGGCCAGACAAGUACAAAACAUCUAUCAAUGCAGGUUAGAACACUGAGUAUAAACAUUGAUUCGAGUAAUAUUCCUUGAGGCAGAUCAUUGACUGUCAACAUUUUUAAGCUGGUGCUUAUCCCUGGCCAGUUUUUUUUUUCCAUGAAUUAAGUGGCUGGGAAAAUACCAACGGAACGGUCAAUCGAUUUGAAGAUUUUUUUGGUAGAAUAUCCUGUUUGUGUGAUUAAUGUGGCUGUUGGGUGUUUAAAGAUGCAUAUUAAGUUCUGCAGUCUUUUUUGUGCCUUGAAUAUAUAGACUGAAGUACUAUGUUUUAAUUUCAGUAAACUGUACAUGUAAUAAAGAGUUUUGGCAUCUGUCUCCAGAUUAAGUGUCUGGUUACAUAAACAUCCAAGCAUUUUCAAUUUAGGGCUCAUUGUUUUUUUAAACUGGGAGUCAUUUGUUAUGGACAGGGACUCGUGAAUUUUCACAAGAUGAGUCCCAGGACUCACCAUAACUAUUUGUAACAAAAUCAUCGACUAACUAAUUGAUUACUUGAUAUGAUUCUAUGUUAAAAGAAAUAACUAAAAAUGUAUCCUAAAUUGAUGCCAGUCCAUUGCAAUGUUACUCCCGGCCAGUACUAAGUUCACUGUUAGUCAUUUAUACACCAGGGUGCGGGAGUAAUGCCCAAGAACCCAACAUAUUGACCACAGCAGGGCCUUACCCUCGCAGCCUCCUCUAAUAUUACCAAAGUGAAUUAAACAUUGUUGCUUUAAUUGCUGUUUUGAAUUUCCCACACCUGAUCCAAGUUAUACACCAGGGGGCGGGGGGAAUGCCCAAGAACCCAACCUAUUGACCACCGCAGGGCCUUACCCCCGCAGCCUCCUCUAAUAUUACCAAAGUGAAUUAAACAUUGUUGCUUUAAUUGCUGUUUUGAAUUUCCCCCACCCGAUCCCCCCUCCCCCCCCCCCCACCCCCCCCAAUCAGAUCAGCCGAGGAAGUGAUCUUGGGAGGAAAACGUUUGCUGAUCUUUUCCUAUUAAUUUGUUUCACCGCUAAAUCUAUAUUGUGGUUGUUAUUCACCAUAUGAUCCAGUUCUUUUGACUAAUCAGUGAUUGUGGUUUUUUCAAUACAUUAUGUAAGAAUUUGAUCCAUUUCUUAUCUUCUCCCUUUCUUAUUGCUAAAUCUCCCAGCCUAUUUUUCAUAAGUAGCUAGUCAAUCUGAAAAGUGUUUUUCUUUCAAUAACCAAAUUUUUUCUUCUUUUGGAAUAAGGACUGACUAAUAUUUUUCUCCUUAAUUUACACCCCCACCCUAGUCCUGGUGAGUAGGAUUUUGAUCCUUUUACCUCUGUUUUUAUUAUCAUAAUAUUUAUUUCUGGUGUUAUCAUUUUUUAAGAUUCUCCUGCUCAAAUCAAAAUCAAUGGUUCAAAUGCAGCUGGAAUUUAUUUAGCAUCAGCUCCAAAGCAACUGUGUCCUCCAGAGAGAGCUGAUGAUUUAUCAACCAUCCUGAGAAUUAUUGACAGUGCAAAACAGUUUGUGUAUGUGUCUGUGAUGGACUAUUUUCCAACCACCUUAUACACAGAGAACAGAACGUAAGUAAUAAGUAAUGGUAACAGGACUGAGUGGAGUCCAAUUCGGUCUGUAAUCAUAUGAGUGAUUAACAAAAUCGGACGACCGCGUAGCGGGAGUCCGAUUUGUUUAAUCACGAGUAUGAUUACAGACUGCAUGAAUUGGACGACACGAAGUUCUGUUACCAAUUAAUCAUAACUUUAACAAAAUUUGUGAUACAAUAGGCUAUUUUUUAAACCAAAAUACAAGAAAUUCGAAAUUUUGUUUUGCUAGCAGUGAAAAAAAAAGCCAUUUCAGCGCGCGCGUGAUGGCGCGUACUGUCCAAUUACUUAGGCAUGACGCGUACUGUCCUUUUAAACUGUCCAAUUAAGGCUGAAAUCAGGGCAGUUGAGAGCCAAUCAGAUUUGACAAUUUUGUUAUGGUUAUGAUUAAUAUUAUUAUACAUUGUCCUCAUUAUCUGUCUCCUCAUUGGUUAAGAGCCAACAGAUAAUUUUGGAAAUUAGUGCAACUUACAGAUUAGUUAGUCAUCUGUUAGCAGAUAACUAACUAAUCUGUAGGUUGCGCGUACAAUGCGUGAUUUCCAAGAACAACAUUCGGUUCAUUGCGACAAUGUGUUUGUCAUUAUUUUCUUCAAAACAAUGCAUAUUAAAACAAUAAUGUUAGAUUUGGUUUUUGCACUAAUAAUCCUAAAUAAUUAAGGUCUGGGCAAUAUUGUUAUCAGCCUCGGCCUUUGGCUCAGCUGAUAUCACAAUAUAUAAUUCGACCUAAGUAAAUGCUAGAUUGACUUAGUUGCUUUAUCUAUUCAUAUUUGCUUUAUUGAAUUAUCUUUUUUGUUGUUCUGUAUUAGUAUUUUUUUGUCGUAUCCACUUUAUUAGGAAUGCUUUAUAUUUUCCCAUCUAUUACUUCAUUAUUACUUCAUGUAUUUUUGCCCUUUUUAAAUUAAUUAUUCGUGUCUGUAAAUCUGUAAAUUUGUUUAAGCUAUGGAGAAAUCAAUAAAAUAUACUACUAAAAAUACUACUUGAUUAUUCCAGACAUCACAAAAGCCUUAUCCAAAAAUUGUUUAAUGAUAAACUACCAUUAGUAGUACUAAUCUUCAAAGUGCCGCUUGGUAAACACCUUGGUGAUAAUACUGGGAAACCAUUGUUGUGUUUACACAAAUUACAUCUAUUUCAAGAAAGGUUGUUGGAAAAAGUGCACGCAACAAUCCCGAAAGGUAUUGUGGGUGGUUUGAGUUCAUUUUUCUUCAAACAAAUUUGAAAGAACAGCACAAGAGGCCAUGGAUGUACAUGUAUGUUUGUAAAUGCUAAUGGCAAGCAACAAAAGUAGUUUCAACAGCUACAGUACAUCAGGAACAGUGUAUUGAUCAUAUGCCAUGUUAUCUUUUGGGAUUGUCGCGUGCAUAUUUUUUCAGACAAUCUUUCUCGAAAUAGGUGUAUGUUGCCAGUCAACUUGCCAAAAAUCAACCAGCCCAAGGUCAUAACACACAGCCCUGAAUUACAUCACCUGAAAUUUGCACUUCAGUAGGCAUGUGGCUUCAAAUAGUAGCCUUGUAGUAUUUGUUUUUUAAUGACUGUGUAGCCAUUUAUAUAUGGGGUAAUGCUAAUUUUGGGCAAACAAAAUGUUGUGAAGUGGUGUAAAGGCAGCAAGUCACUUGAUGCACAAAUGCCACAGGUUUAAAAUUUAAUAUGUUACUAAUAUUCAUUAAUCCAAGAAUUAUUCUUGUUGUCUGUAAUUAAGAUGUGACUCACAUUAUGCAAUAUUACAUGUACAAUGUACAUGAAACUUCACAUAACACUGAUGUAAAAUAAAGGUAUAUUACCAUAUUACAAAAGGAGUUUAAAAAUAUUCUUGACUUACCUACAAAAUGAUUUCAUCCUCGGCCUCAAAAUUGCCAGGGAAUCACCUUAACAGCAUGAUAAACAGCACCAUGUACAGAAACUUACUGCGGGUAGCUUUCAUAAGAGGAAUAUCACACCAUAGGAUUUUAUCCAGGCUCAAAAGAUACGGAACCACCUUGUAGAGGAAAAUAAACAACACCGACGGAAAGAAUAUUGCUCAGUAUCUUUCAUAUGAGAAUUCAUAUCCACGCACUCAAAAGCUACAACUACCUUGGACAGUAUAAUAAACAGUACCACAGAAAAGUUAAGCUUAACUGCUUUAAAUGGCAACACUUUAGGAGUUGAACCACUCACAGACUCCGAAGUUAGAACCACCUAAUACAGCAUAAUGAACAGCACCACAGGAAUUUACUGCUCAUUAGCUUUGUCUUGAAUGGUCAUGCUUUAGGAUUUCGUCCACAGACUCAGAAAUUAGAACGUUUUUGUACAGUAUGAUAGUCUAAAACGCUUACUCCGUACAAUAGUACUCAGAGUCAAAACUUACGGUGGUUUAAAUUUCCUUUACCUUCUUCCAGGUACUGGCCAGUCAUAGAUGAUGCUUUACGACGAGCAGCAUUUGACCGUAAAGUGAAAGUACGACUUUUAGCCAGUUUAUGGAACCACACUCGCCCUGAUAUGAAGCUCUACCUACAAUCGCUCGCCGCUCUCAAUGGUGCUAAUGCUGCAUCAGUUCAAGUGGUACGUCAUUUAAGUUCGAAGGGUACUAUUCAAAUGAACCAAUCACGUCUCAAGAAAGAUACAUCUACCGCGGGAAAAGGGGUAUAGAAAUAACACACAAAAAAGCCACGAUUGGAUUUGCUUUUACAUUUAAUAGGUUAAAGUGGCUCGACCAAUUAUUUUUGUAGGUACACCUUCCAUCUUUGAAUCUGUAAGACUUAAACAAAUUUAUCUUUAUUGCAAUAGUGUUGGCUCUAAAUCGAAUUGCAGCCUUUAAUGCUUGACGCUACCCAUACUUCGGGUGCUUGUCUUCUGUUGUGCGAAGUUUCACAAACAUCUAUGAGAGGAAUUCGAGAUAUCUUGCAAUUUCUACAAAAAGGGCAUAAAUUAUGCACGAACUGAAGACUGGACUUAAUGCAGACAAAUGUGCUACUUUUUGGAUGUUUUCGAAAAGUUUUUUCACCCAUUCGUUUUGUAAAUGACCCUCAUACACUCUACAACCUGCUAAACGCAAGUAGACUUGCGCGAUUUCGAAAAACAUGAAAACAUGUGAAUCCGGGUAAAACGCAAUGCUGAGUUCUUUGGGUAAUUUUAAAGGCUACUUUCACAAAAACAGCGAAUAAGACAAAAUUCGUCGAUAGAUUUUCUUUAAAAAAUUUCAGUGCUGCAAUUGAUCAGUGUACUAUAAAAUCCUCGAAUUUUGUGUCCAUUGAAAACUUUUGAAGUUGUCUAACGUAGGUGCAAAUUUGAUUUGAUUUAAGAUCUUCGGAAACUUUCCGAGGAACGAUCGAAGAUCUUUGGAAACCUUUUGUCAGAUGAACAGUCAGCUUUUCUUUCCCUUCGCGCUGGCUUAUUCUAACUCAGUUGGUGUCAGUUGGAAGUCACGCCAUACACGAGAUUUACGUCACUUGCUGCAUAACCAAGUUUGCCUUGGGUCGGUAAAACGUGCAACAUAUAUAGAAUUUGUUGCAAAAAGUAGAACUACUCUCUACUGUCUGCAACAAAUUUUCGCAACCUGCAUCAACGUGAAUUGUUAGACGACAAGUUUAAACAUCGCUAUUCAACUCGUUUUGCGGCAAUUUUGCAAAAUGUGUUGCACCUUUCUGUUGCCUGCCCGUUUUUCUGUACGUUUAGAUAUAAUUGUUUUUACUAAUAAUUUAAAAUAAACUACGAUCUGCAAUCCGCGUUAAUGUCGUAAUUUGUCUUGUCCCAACAAAUGCUGAAAUGUUCUUUGCUAAAAAUUUCCUGGAUUUAUGCCUUCAACCCAUAAUUCUUUGGAUAAUUCUUUCCAUUCCUAUCUUCGUGUGAAUUAAAAUUUAGACUAAUCUAAUGUGGUUUAAGUGUGAAUUUCUUGUGUCUCACGGCAUACAGCAAUGCCACUAUUUUGACUGCCUUCCAUGACUUCUAGAAGCCCAGUCUGGAAUAAAUGCUGCCCUUGAAUAAGCGCCAAAUGUACAAAUGUUAUUUUUAGUUUUAAUAAACUUUUAAUGACUGGUCUCGAGGGAAACAGUUUGUUUCCCGAGAAUCUCAAUGUUUCCCGAGGCGAACCGUGCACUGUUACCCUCUUACGUCAUAGACUUUUGCAAUGUUCCCCGCUCAGAGAUUUUGGCGGGAAAUAGUUUCAUUGUUAGAUGUCAUGUGACCUCGAAGUAACCAAUGAGAGCGCGCGCUGUUGGGAAAAAAUUUCCAGCUAUAUAACAACAGUAUUGGUUAGAGCGGUUUGCAGUUUAUUAACCUUUACUCAUUUUGACCACUUUGUUUUACAGAAGUUCUACAAAGUUCCACCCUACAGCAAGGAAAUCCCAUAUGCACGUGUCAACCACAACAAGUUUAUGGUCACAGAUUCUGUAGCCUACGUUGGCACAUCUAACUGGUCAGCGGAUUACUUUACGGGCACAGCUGGUAUUGGUUAUGUCAUCAACGAAACCGAGACUGGAAAUACUGUACGAGCGCAGUUACAAGCAGUGUUUGAGAGAAACUGGGACUCGAAUUUUACUAUAUCAGUGAACUGUAACCAGUGAGACCAUAUACAUUACAAUGGCGAUAACCAAUACGCUCUUGUGAUAACUGAAGGGCUUCGCAUUUUGCUACUUCGCAUGCGUUAUGCCCCUCUCAAGAACGUCAUAGAUCUUUGGAUUUCUAAAGGAUUUUCCGUGUUCUAACAGAAAAGUAGUUUUGUAUGGCUUACGACGAUGUGGGGAAAAUAGUCCUUAUUGAAUUUAAAAUAAUUACCAAUCACCAAUUAGUUUUCACGGAUAAGUAAGUUUUUUUCAGACUUUCAAAGUCA